UGGAACAUUGUGCUGGACACUCACUUGACUUUGCUCCUGACAGUGUUGACGGAGGUACUGUUUCUGACUCUCAUGACUUGACAUCUGACGCAGGUACCAUCGAACCGGCAUAUCAGGGUCUGAGUCGUUAUGGACUGAGACAGAGAAGAGUCCCGAGAAUUACUUCUGACAGAUUUCCAUAUGAAUGCUGGGAGGAACACGCCAUCAUGCAGAUUCUGGCUAUGAUAAUGAUGAUGAUUUUGAUGAUAUCAUCACAUUCAGCUCUUGCAACUCAAAGUUUAACAUGUCAUAAUGAUUACCACAACACCUUCAAUUGUGUUUGGAACACCUCAAAACUGGAUGUGAUCCCUCCAGUCCAGCCAGAGACCAUCUGUUGGAUUCAUGUAAUGGUUAGGAAGACGCGUCAGACUAAAGAGAUGGUGCAGAUGUUUGCAGACCCGGCACAGCCUCAUAUACGCUCUGCCACAGUGGGUUUUAAAAGACAGAUUAAUUUACCUACAAUAUCAUUGGGGACCACAUUACAUGAAGAAGUCCAUUGUGACAACUACACAAAUCCCAUGGCUGAAAUAGCACCACAUAAUUCAAAAAACAGUGCAGUGAAAGCAGCUCCUCCUGAGGGAGUGGAAGUUCAUGGGAUCAAUGCUUCAUGGAGCUUUGUUCCUCCAAGAGGUUCUUUACAGAAAUAUAAAGAGUUUGAAGUCCAGUACAGAUCUGCUGCUCAGAGCUGGAAGGAUGUGGCAAACGAUACCAUUAACACUAAUGAAACUCAAAUCAAGCUGCCAGAGGACCGUUUGCCCUCAAAUCAGCAGUACGUGAUCAGGGUGAGAGUCAGGUAUCAAAAGAAACUCCUGCCCAAUGCCGUGUGGAGCGACUGGAGUGAAGAGUACAACUGGACGUCUACUGUGGGUCAGAGACACCACACACAAGGCAACACACACCUGUCUGACACAGACACACACACACUCACUCACUCACUCAAUCACACAUUCAUGUACUGCUAUACUCUAACGCUCUCAUCAGCCUCUACAGAGAUCUUCCAGCUGGAAUCAUCUGUAGCCGGGAUCACGCUCACAGUAAUCACUCUGGCCAUCAUAUUAACCCUCUGAGGUCUAUGGGGUUUUGGAGCCUGGAGAAGUUUUGACAUGCCAUGACUUUUGUGCAUUUUUCAGUUGCUUCUAAACAUAUACAUUGCUAAAUUCUGAUAAUACUGUAUUCAGUACAAACUGAGCUACAAUAAUAUGUAAAUAGCAUGUAUGUACAUGAUUUUGUUUUUGAGAAAACAAUGUUUAUGUGUGGUUAGUGAAAAACUAUCAUUUUGAAGUCACUGAAAUAAGGUCAUAAAACACAUACAGAAAAUUUGUUCACAAGACUGUCAAACCUGAAGCUUGUAGCCUAGAAUUUUUGCUUAAAAAUGAUGUUAAAAUCAUCUUGUUUACUCACUCAAAGAAAACAAUAGAUUGAUUUAAAUUUUCUAAGACACUUUUUGUUUCUAAAGGGCAUAUGCGAUUAUGAUAAUGAGCUGCAUAAUAUGGAAUAUAUUUAAUUAUCCCACAAAAUAACUUGAGAUUCACUUGCAAGUGCAGUUAAACAGUUUAUUAGGAACAAUCAAAGAUGACUUUCAAAACUGAUUUUUUUUUUUUUGCAUCAUUACUACAGUCACACAAUCCUUCAGAAAUCCUUCUAAUAUUCAGAUUUUCUACAAAUAAAUAAAUAAAUAAAUAUUGUUUUUAAUGUUAUUACUAUUAUUAAUGUUAAAAAGAGCUGAGAAUAUAUAUAUAUAUAUAUAUAUAUAUAUAUAUAUAUAUAUAUAUAUAUAUAUAUAUAUAUUUUUUUUUUUUUUUUUUUUUUUUUUUUUUUUUUGUAAAUUUAAAGAACAGCAUUGUCGUAUAAAUAACAUUUAUCAUAUAAAUCAGUUUUAUGUAUCAUUGUGUGUGCUGCAUAAAAGACUCCAAGCAUUUGAAUAGUGUACAUUGUUAAACUUGGAGUAAGACUUGAUGCUGAAAAUGUAGCUUUGAUCACAGGAAUACAUUUAAUUGUAAAAAAAAAAUUGAAAUAGAAAGCUGUUAUUUUAAAUUGUAAAAAUAUUGAAUAAUUAUUACUGCUUUAGCAAACUGCUAUUGACUGGUAUUUUGUCCAGUUGAAAUAUAUAAAUGGACAUAUCAAAACUAGCAUUUUCAAAGGGUAUAUUCAGAUUACUUGUUAAAGUGAAAUGAAAUACCUUAUAUCUGCAGAUGAUGAAUGUCUGUUUGUGGAUGGAGACUUUGUAACGGCCAAAACUAUGUAUUUUACAUUCAUCACAUUAUAGUGCAGUGUGCCUUUUAAGAGACUGAUCACUGAUUAAUUUAUAACGCACAUUAUGUGGUGAUGAGGACCAGUAUGGAUGAUAAGUUCGCUCUACCACCUUUUUAUUAUUUUGUCUUUACUAUAUUUGUAAUGCCAAGAAAGAGUUAAUCUCUCAUGUGAGAAGAGCAUGUUGUUGUGUACCAGCCAUUAAAUGUGUGGGACACUA